AUGAGGCAGUUUUCUUUGUUUUUAGGCGGUUUUUAUCAUGGUAAACUUGUCUUCCCACCCGAUUUUCCGUUUAAACCGCCGGCAAUUUAUAUGCUCACUCCAUCGGGGCGUUUUCAAACUAACACACGUUUAUGCCUUUCAAUCUCCGAUUUUCAUCCGGAUACAUGGAAUCCUGCUUGGACGGUUUCAACGAUCAUGACGGGUUUGCUUUCGUUUAUGAAUGAUACAGCACCAACAUUAGGCAGUAUUACGUCGAGUGAUGCGGAGAAGCGUAUUUUUGCUAGGAAAUCCAGAGAAUACAAUCUGAAGGAUCGAGUUUUCUGCGAAUUAUUCGGUGAUUUGGCCAAAGAAAUUCGUGAGGAAUUAACGGCGGAGCGAAAUAGGUUGUCGGAAGAUAACGUGGUCGAUGAAUCGUCGUCGUCGCGAAGGUCCGGGGACGACAGCGAUUUCGCCACCUUCACGUAUAAUCUUGUGAUGCUUGCAGGCGUGGUGGUGCUUGCGUUUGCAGUUAGAUUUGUCAUAUUAGCGGCUCAAGACGAAAAUUGA